GUGUAUUGUAAUUAAAAACUCAUCAUCUUCGUCACCGUCACAACUGAAGGGGAAAAAAGAGAGCCGUACAACGACAACGUUUCAUCCGCCGGCAUCGGAAGUUUAAUCGUCGGUUAAUUCUCUCCGGUCAUUUUUCGUCAGCUAUGUUGUUAGGGUUUGGAAGGGGGAUUGUAUCUUGAUUGGUGUCGUGGAAUCCUUUGCGAUUUGGGUUUGUGGUUUAAGAGGGGGAAAUAUAAGGUGUUUUGUGAAGGAUAAUGUGUAUACUGUGUGUGAUUCAGAAGUGGUCGCGAAGGGUUGCUACCAUGCUACCGUGGUUGGUAAUUCCACUAAUUGCACUGUGGCUUUUGUCACAAUUCUUGCCACCUGCAUUUCGUUUUGAAAUCACCUCACCAAGGCUGGCUUGCGUGUUUGUGCUCUUGAUUACCCUCUUCUGGUAUGAAAUAUUGAUGCCACAGCUGUCUGCCUGGCGGGUCCAGAGAAAUGCUCGACUUAGGGAGAGGAAGAGGUCUGAAGCUAUCGAAAUGCAGAAACUCAGAAAGACUGCAACUAGGCGGUGCAGAAACUGUUUGACUCCAUAUCGUGAUCAGAACCCAGGUGGGGGCAGGUUUAUGUGUUCAUACUGUGGGCAUAUAUCUAAGAGGCCGGUUUUGGACUUGCCUCUACCUCCUGGGUUGGGAGGGCUCUCAAAUUCUGGUAUAUUGAAAGAUUUGGUUGGGAAAGGUGGGAAAAUAUUGAAUGGGAAGGUAUGGUCGGAUAAUGGUUGGAUAUGCGGCCAGGAUUGGCUGGAGAACAGCGGUAACUGGGUUGGUGGGUCUUUUUCAGGAAAGCCUAGUUUCCGGGGGAAGAAUGGUGCUGGUUUUUCUAGUGGGAGUGAUGAUCACUGCUUUGCUGAAAAGUCUUAUUCCCGUCUUGUCGUUUUUCUUUGCAAAGGUUUAGCAGCAAUUUUCUUGGGUAUUAUGUGGCUUUGGAGAAAGGUAUUUAGGGUUAGUUCAGCUGAUGAGGACACUUCAGCUGAUGCAGAGAUUAGGGGUCUGGCUAAGAAGGGUGAGAAUGGAGUAAAUUGUAACGAAAGUAGAGGAGAAAAAGCUCGCAGAAAAGCAGAAGAGAAAAGACAGGCUAGAUUAGAGAAGGAGCAAUUGGAGGAAGAAGAAAGAAAGCAGAGGGAGGAGGUUGCUAGGUUGGUCGAAGAACGUAGGAAGCUGAGAGAUGAGAAAACAGAGGCUGAGAAAGAUCGGGGUAAAGUUUCUCCGCGGGAGAAAAACAACAAAAGAGAGGCUGAAAGGAAACGGCAGGAAAGAAAGAAAGAAAAAGAUAGGGGAUCUAGUAAAAGCAACUCUGAUGUGGAUGAACUCGAAAAAAGAGCUGUUAAGGAAAUUGAAAGGAGCAGGAAAUGUGAAACUGAUCGCCGUGAGCAUCACAGAGUUGGGACUGAGAGUCUGAAAUUAAAUGGCACUGAUGCUGCCCAUUUUAAGGUUGUCGGUACACACAAUAAUAACAUUGGAAGUGUUGGCACGAGAUAUCUGGAUCGCAUGAAAGGUAGCUUUUUAUCAUCUUCUAGAGCAUUUACUGGGGGUGGCUUUUUUGGGAAAGGCACAAUUGCAAAUACCAGUAUUGCAAGAGAACACAAAUCGACUGCAACUUUGGAUCAUGUACAAAAUACCGCCAAUAAGAGAGAUCUUUCUCAGCCUGAGCAUGCACCUGGGAAAUCAAACGCCUCUACAGAUGAUAAGAACAUUAAUCGUUCUGUACAGGUUGAGUCCCAACCUCAUACAGCCCCCAAAAAAUCAUGGCAACAAUUAUUCACUCGAACAUCUACUGUUCCUUCUUCCCCCGGUACAAAUGUCAUAAGUAGGCCAAAAGGAAAAUCACAAAAAGAGGUUCAAAGUCCAAUGUCAUCUGGUUACCCGGCGACUCAGGGGUUCAACAAUCCCAUUACAUUUGGAUUGCCUUAUACUCUACCAAAUUUUGUUUAUGGAGAUUCUAACACGGGCCUUCAGUUGUCAUCCAAUUCCAUAUUUCCUAGAGUUGGAGAAGCUCCUGAUAAAUUUUUACCCGAAGAAUCGGACGUAUUUGAAGAUCCAUGUUAUGUUCCUGAUCCUGUAUCUUUGAUUGGGCCAGUUUCAGAGUCGCUUGAUAAUUUUCAGUUAGACCUUGGAUUUGUACCUGAUGUAGGGUUCCAGAAGCCACAUCCCAUAAAGCAAAUGUCUGACUCGUCUGAAGUGAGUAGGCCAUCACCGAUUGAGUCUCCUAUGUCUCGAUUGCGGAUCUUGGAUGAGAGGCAUGCUAAUUCUUCCUUUUUCCCUAGUACACCUAGACCUCAGGAUAAGAACAAUUUAACAAUGGAAGAUCAAGGUAAUGCAAACGAAAAGGGAUGGCAGAUGUGGGACAGUUCUCCUCUUUACCAGGAUAGUCUUGGUUUAGCAGGUGACCCGUCAAGUUGGCUUUUACCUCCAGAUAUGAAUGGAUUAAACAAGGAAGGAGUAAUGCAAUUGCAACCUCAGAAAACUAUGGCUUCCCUGUUCAAGAAAGAUGAUCAAGUCCCAUCUAACUCACAGUCUCCUCAGGAACUUUGCCAGAAUGGGAGAACAUAUAGCCGUUAUGUUCAUGUUACUGAUGAUGAUCCGUGGUUGUCGAGGACUUCAUAUGGGUCAAUGUCGGGACGUGACAAUCAUUUAUCACUGAACCUUCAGGAGCAUACUACUCGGAAUGAAUUAGUUUAUGGGAGUCCCAAUGGAUCUGCAACUAACAAUCCGUUUCAGCUAUCUCAAGGCAAUUUUUGGGCCAAAAAAGAGAGGGCUGUUCCAGUUUCUUUAGUUGAAGGCAAAGGAAGUGCUGCAUCAACCACAAGACCUGUUGGUGGACUAUACUCCACCCCAGAUGUACAGUCACUUUGGUCAUAUGAGUAAAAGAAAAGAAAAUGGAGAAAAAGAAUUUUAAAAAAGUAAAAAGACAGAGUAUGAGGGAUUUAUUUCUUUCUGUUCUGAAGAGGAAAUCAGCCUCUUUAGGAGGAAAGAUUAGAAUACUACUGGAUGCAUUGUAUCCUCCUCUCUUCUUUAUUAGGCAGAUUUAAUUACAUUCGCUCUAUAGCAAUACAAGUGGCAUGCGUCACGCACAGGUAAAUCAUUUGCUGCU